AUGUCUCGUAGUUCGUGGUUUGGUUUCUCUUAUGGUGAACAAAGUUUUGCUGAACAAAAUAAUAAUGAUAAUACUUUAUCAUCAAAAAAAACCACAGACUCGCAAAAUAAUGAUGAUAAUUUGUCUUCUUCAUCUUCUUUAAAAGAACUGGGAUGUUCAGAAAAUAUAAUAAGUGAAACCGCCUCGGAUACAUCGACAACUACUUUAGUAGAACUUUCCUCGACAACAACAAAUAACUGUCAAACUUCUAAUGCUAUACCGAUACCAAAAAAUCAAAACAGCCGAGUUAAAAGUUAUGAUGAACAGAAAAAUAGAUCUUAUUCCUCUCUUAAAAGUUGGUGGUCAACUUCUUCAUCUUCAUUAAAUCAAAAAGAACAGACAACAAUGUCAAUACCGAAUACUAUUAUACAAAACAAUUUAACAGAAGAAAAACAUAAAACAUUAACAGUUUCAAAUACGCUGACAAAUCUUAAUAAUGAUAAAUCUAGGUCUGUUAGACAUGAUAAACAACUUUUAAGACAGGAUAAUGGAUCAUCUAUUAGUAUACUUACACCUAUAAACGAAAUUGGUCCAAAUGAAAAGAAACUUUUACAACCUAUUGAAGUAGAAAUGACGGGAUCAAAUUCGCAAGAGAUUGGACAAAAGAAAUCAAGAGCAUCAUCCAAUUCAGAUACGGAUAACGUAGAUAAAAAUUCUACAUAUGUUGGAAAGAUUUCAGAUGCAAAAUUAUCAUCAUCAUAUUCUUCAAUGUCAUCAACAACUUCUUCAAGAGGUUGGUGGAUGUUUGGUGGCAAUUACACUUCUUCACGUGAAGAUAUCGCUUCCAACAAUUUAACUAGUUCUAACUCGACUAAGCCUGAAACUAUAAUAAGUACUAGAUUAACAUCUGAACCAACUCAGUUAAAUACAGAAAAUAAACAGACGCAUCAUAUUUCUAUAAAUUCUAAAAAUUCAAAUAUAACAAAUCACAUUUUAUCAACAACGUCUGAUGAUGGAAAUUCAACGUCAAAUGGAAGCUCAAGAAGAGUCAAGAAAAAGUUAUCGUCUGAAAUACGACGAUGGUCAUUAUUUGGUACAUGGUCGCCUUCAACAACAAACUUGGAGAUAACUAGUGAAGGUGAAAGUAGUAAGACCGCUGGUGAGGCUGAUAAUUCAAAAUCAAACAUUCAUUCAUUAUCAUCGAGACCCUCAUCAACAAAGUCUGAGCCCACUACUUCCUCAAAUAAUGUUAAUGUUAACCCUUCAAGAAAAGGCUCAAGUAAAGAAGAGGAACAGUGCGAACAUUCAUUCAAAGAUUCCGAGAAUAAGAAUAAUAAAAAUUCACCAAGUAGUCAUAAACGGCCAACUAAUCCAAUUAUUCAAACUUUACCUGACAAUAGGUCUUCUUGGUUGUAUUUUUUCACAAAUACUUCGAAUACUCAAUCUAAAAGCGCAAGAAUUGAAAAGGCAUCCGAUAGAAAAAUGAUUACAAACGGUUGUUCUUCACACCCUGUGGAGAAGGAACCGGAAAUUGAAAUUACGGCAAAGGAUUCAAAAACUUCUCACAAAAUGUCCACAACUGUUGAAGUUGAGAAAAAAGUUUUAGUGGAUUCAUCAAGCGCUAGUUUACCGCCAAAGCUAAAACCCGUACCUGUCAAUGUUUUAUUACCCACUUUUGAGGAAUUUGCAGAAAAUAAGCCUCGCAGACAUCCGGAUUCAAUUAUACAGAAAACUUUACAUGCUAUAAACACUUAUUUCUUUCCUCCUGAUAGAUUACCUGAAAGUACUCUUCCAAAGUGGUUGGACGAAAUAACUCGUUCUACCGUCGAUGUUAAACGCAUUGCAAUUAUCGGAGUUCAUGGAUGGUUUCCAGCAAAAUCUUUAAGAGCUGUUUUUGGUGAACCCACAGGCACUUCACCAAAAUUCUGUGAUAUGAUGGCAAAAGCUGUUCUAGGCUAUUUAUCACAACAUGGAAAUAUUCUUCCAAGUGAUUCAAUUACUUGCAUUCCACUUGAAGGUGAAGGGACUAUAUCUACUCGAGAAGAAUUGCUUCAUCAGAAUUUGACAAAAAACAAAUCAUGGUGCGAAGCUUUAUCUUUGGCAGAUGUCGUAUUUGUCGCAACUCACUCACAAGGUACACCCGUAAGCACUAUACUCCUUUCUCGGCUCAUCAAAGAAGGAUUCGUUCAUCCUAAACGACAACGUAUUUGUAUGUUGGCAAUGGCUGGUAUUUCGCAUGGACCUUUCCCAUUUUUAAAGGAAAAUUAUAUAGUAAAAUAUUUUGUUGGUGCUGGUCGUAGUCAUGAUGCAGAUGCUGCCAGGGAAUUAUUUGAAUUUAUGGAUUCAGAGAGUCUCGUGUCCAAAAAAUAUAGGGAAGCAUUGAAUGUAAUAAUUCGGAGUGGAGUUAAGCUUGUAUACGUUGCUUCUAUGGACGAUCAAGUAGUACCAUUAUAUUCCGGUAUUUUUUCUGGAGUUGAUCAUCCAUCAAUUAUGCGUUCAAUUUACAUCGAUGGUCCUUUGUAUCAACCCAACGAUUUCUUGACAAAUCUAAUUGUGUUCGCAAUUCGGUUGCGUAAUGCAGGAAUCUUAGAUCAUGGGUUGAUGGUUCAAUUAAGUGAAGUUGUUGCUGGUUCCAUGUAUGGAGAAGGUCAUUCGGCAUUAUACAAUGAAAUUAAUGUGUAUACUUCGGCAGUUCGUUAUUUGUUUGAAACGCCAUCACUUAGUUCUUUUAAUGUCAAACUUGAACGUUUCCAAGCUCAGCAGAAAAAUAACCCAUAUUAUUUACCAUGGGCUAUGCGUGGGAUUUUAGAGGACAGAGGAGUUUUAGAAUCAAAUAAAUUUGCACAUGAUAUACUAAGAUUACGAAAACAAUAUGAAGAUUGGGAACCUGUUACAAAGGUAAUGAAAGAUGUUAAAUUCCGAUUAGAACCAUUGAAAGAUGCAAUUUUAAGAAGAUCCAAGUUAUGA